GACCGACAGCAAUCAGCAGUUGCAUCCAUCAUCGACACAUUGCUUAGGUCUCACUCACCCUUCACAGUUCACCAACUCUCUCUCUCUCUCUCUCUCCAUUUCUCUCUCUAACCUCAAACACCAAAGCUCAAAGAGUCCAAUCUCCAAAGAGUAUGGAUUUCACAAUCCAGGUUAGAGCAACGAGGAGAAGAAGAAGAAGCAACGGCAUUCCCCAUGGCAUUUUCUUGAUGCUGUCUCUGCUCCUCCUGCUAUCAUUCCUUCCAAACCCCACAAACGCCUCGAUCCACGUCUACGACAACCAAACCUUCAGAGAAGUCGGCAACGCCAACCUUCUCUCCGGCGGCAGCGAAGGCAUCGCCGCCACUCUCUCCGCCCGUUCUUACAUUCGAUUCGAGAAUAUCACCUUCUGGAGGAGCAAGGAUGCUGCUGAGAAGCUUUCAGACAUGGAGCAUAGUACUGGGUUGAUACAAGUUAUAAUAUUUGAGACAGCUGAUCGGAAUAAUAUCGGUGGUUCUGCUUAUGGCGGACAAAGAGCUAUAUGUUGCACUCCUGAUCUUGCUAAGAUGGAAGGUUGUAAGCAAGGUGAAGUCAUCAGGAGACCUUCUGCAACAGAUAAGAAUUGGCCUAUUGUUUUAAAUGUACAGUUCAGUGGGAACUACCUGUACACAAACAUGGAUUAUCAAGAGAUUUUAAUCCCAAAAACUGGGAUGUAUAACUUGUUUUUUGUAGCAUGUGAUCCAAAACUAAAGGGACUAACUAUGAGCGGGAAGACUUUGUGGAAAAAUCCCAAUGGUUAUCUACCGGGUCGAAUGGCUCCACUAAUGAAGUUUUAUGUGUUUAUGGCACUUGCUUACGCGUUGCUUGGAAUAAUUUGGUUCACUCAGUAUGUGAGGUUUUGGAAGGAUAUUCUGCAACUUCAGCACUGCAUCACAGCUGUUAUUGCUCUUGGGUUGUUUGAGAUGAUUCUUUGGUAUUUUGAUCAUGUAAAUUUUAAUAAUACAGGGAUGAGGCCAAUUGUUGUUACAACAUUGGUUGUGACAGUUGGAGCUGUGAGAAAAACAGUUUCCCGUCUUCUUAUCCUCAUUGUUUCAAUGGGUUAUGGUGUGGUGCGGCCCACUCUUGGGGGCCUUACGUCAAAGGUGCUUCUCCUUGGAAUAACAUUUUUUCUGGCCACAGAGUUGCUUAAUAUCACGGAGUAUGUGGGGACAAUCAAUGAUGUAUCCGGAAGAGCAAGAUUGUUUCUAGUUCUUCCUGAUGCUUUCUUGGACGCAUUUUUGAUAUUAUGGAUUUUUACUUCUCUCUCAAAAACACUAGAGCAGCUACAGGCAAAGAGAAGCUCCGUCAAACUGGAUAUGUAUAGGAAGUUCUCAAAUGCAUUAGCAGUCACAGUCAUUGCCUCGGUUGCAUGGAUAGUGUAUGAGGUGUACUUUAAAGCAACAGAUCCAUUCAAUGAGAAGUGGCAGAGUGCUUGGGUCAUCACUGCUUUCUGGGAUAUUCUUGCGUUUGCAUUGCUGUGUGUGAUCUGCUAUCUUUGGGCUCCAUCUCAGAGUUCUCAACGGUAUGCUUACUCAGAUGAAGUGGGAGAAGAGUCUGAUGACGAAGAAUCUCACUCUCUUACAAAGGCCAAGCUAGCGGGUGAUAUCAGCUUAGUCAAGCAAGACAACAUUGAAAGCACCGAAGAUUUUGAUGAAGAUGAUACAGAAGACAAGAAGGAAUGAUGUUUCAGCGACGACCUUAUAUUGAACCUUUCUCUUCAUACAAGUUCAUGGAGGCCGACAUGGCUUAACGCCCCUCAACUAACUUAAGCAAUGUCCCGUUGGCCCCGUCAACUUGGCAUGCAAAGAGGUGUUGUAAAAUUUUUGCUACUUUCAACUCGGUCGAGUCAAAAGGAUCCAGGUUUGUUUCCCCUGUUCUCGAAGCUAAUUUCGUUUUGUUGUAGAUGUAAAACCUUAGGUUGUCCACAAAGUUUGACAAGAGUAGAUGGAGUCAUGAAAAGAAAGAAAAGGGUUGUGUAUUGAAAAGCACAUUAAGCAAUUGUAAUCUUGAUUAGUCAUCAUGUUUUGUAAUUUUGCUCUGAAGGAUGAAUCAAUGUCUUUUCUUUUGCACUU